AUGAAGUUGGUCCACAAGAGGGGCCUCAAGGGUGUAGAGGAGGACCAGGUUUCGCUGCUGCCGGAAGACGCCGAGGACAUGUGGCAUGCUUACAACCUCAUCGUCCCUGGCGAUCUGGUGCACGCCCAUGCGCUGCGGAAAGUUGUCACGGUCAACUCCGGCACUGGCGCGGCAGCCGCCGAACGAGUCCACACAGACCUGACUGUCAAGGUCAAGUCGACAUUCUUCGACCCCGUUAUAUCCUCCCUGCGAGUCUCGGGCGUCGUGGCAUCUGAAAACGAACACGUCGCCAUGGGAUCACAUCACACUCUCGACAUCGAAGUGAACCGAUCCUUCACCGUCAUCAAGCCCGACGGCUGGGAUUCCGUUUCCAAAGCCACUCUGUCGCAAGCGCUUUCCGAUGACAAGAACGGAGCCAUGGCAGCGGUAGUCAUGCAGGAAGGCCUGGCCAACAUCUGCCUGGUGACCCAGUUCCGGACCGUUCUCAAGACCCGUGUAGAGAGUGUUGUCCCCAAAAAGCGCGAUACCGCCGCCGAACAAGAUGCCGGCCUCAGGCGAUUCUUCGACAAGACCCUCUCCUCGCUCCUACGAGCCGUCGACUUUUCAGGCUCACGGCCGCUCUUGCUCGCAAGUCCCGGCUUUGUGGCCCAAGACUUUAAGGAAUACAUUGCGAGGCAGGGUCGGGACAAGUCGGACAAGGUGCUCACCGCCAUUUCUAAGCAAGCUACAGUCAUUCACGCCAACUCUGGGCACGUGUACGGCCUCAAUGAAGUCCUCAAGAGCCCCGAGGUAGUGGCCAAGAUGAAGGACAUGAGCUACGUCAAGGAGGCGCAAUACAUUGACAAUUUCUUCGACUUGCUGAAAUUGGACGACGGACGAGCGUGGUACGGCACCAAGGCCGUCGAAAAGGCCGUCGCCGACGGGGCAGUCGGUCCUGGCGGCGGCGUACUGCUCGUCAACAAUUCACUAUUCCGAAGCCAGGACUUGGCAACGCGCAAAAAGUACGUCGCGCUGGUUGACAAGGUGAAGAACGACGGAGGCGAGGCGCGGAUACUAAGCAGUGACCAUGAGAGCGGGCAGAGACUGAAGAUGAUGGGCGAUAUCGCGGCCAUCUUGAAUUACCCCAUGAUGGAUCUCGAUGACGACGACGAUGACAAGGAGGCGGCGGAGGAGGGGGAAGAGUCACGGGCGGCCGUGCCGGAGCGAAAUCACGAAGAUGAUUACGGAAUGCUAGACAGCGUCAUUUAG